UUUUUCGUUUGUUUAACUUUUUUUUUUUUUUUUUUUACGAUACGUUAAUUUUACUUUUUCAUUUAAACUUAGACAUGUUUAAAAAUAAAAGUUUUAAGUAUGGCUAGUUAUAUUUUAUGUAAUUUAAUUUAAAGUUAUAAAUUUUAAAAGUUUUUUUUAUUUUUUAAUUUUCUUUUUUUGAACGGGUGAAGUAUAAUUUUUUUAAUAAUAUUUUAAACUCUGUUGUAUUUAUUCUUAUCUUCUACUUAAUUUUUUCCCCAUAUAAGCGUGUUGAACAGUCAACUGCAGCCUAGCAGCUUUUUUUAAAAUUUAAUUUCUUUUUAAAACCAAUUACCAUGGUUUUCUGUUUUCUCGGAAUUUUCCCACACAAUUUUUAAAGAUCAGUUGAGCGGCUUAUUAAGGUAUUGUGGAAUCUUGAAUUUUUAUUGCUGAAUUAUGGUGGAAAUUGGGGUUUAUUGAUUGAAUUGUGUGUAAAGUUGGAGUCCUUUUUGGGUUUGUUUAGUUGAUGAAUCAAGAAUUUGGAUUCUUGGUAUUUGAUAGUGUAGUUUUGUGCCAAAAGUUGGAGUCCUUUUGGUGUUGUAGUCACUGAAUCAAGGGGUUUUAGAAAUUGGAUUCUUGAUAUUUGAUAGCUGUUGUAGUUUGUGCAAAAGGUGAAGUCUUUUUGGUGUUUGUAGUGGUACUGAAUCAAGGGGUUUUUAGAAAUUGGAUUCUUGGUAUUUGAUAGUAGUUGUAGUUUGUGGAAAAAGUUGGAGUCUUUUUGGUGCUGUAGUGUUACUGCAUCAAAGGGUCUAUAGAAAUUGGAUUCUUGGUAUUUGAUAGUGUAGUUUGUGGAAAAAGUUGCAGUCUUUUUGGUGUUGUAGUUAGUGCAUUAAAGGGUUAAUAGAAAGUUGGAUUCUUGGUAUUGAUAGAGGUUCAUUUGCUAAAGUUGUAGUUUGUGCAAAAAGUUGGGGUCUUUUUGGUGUUGUAGUUGCUGCAUCAAGUGAUUACAGAAAGUUGGAUUCUUGGUACUUGAUACUUGAUCAUAGUUCUUUUUCUGAAGUUGUAGUUUGUGCAAAAAGUUGGACUCUUUUGGUGUUAUAGUUAUUGCAUCAAGGGUUUAUACAAAUUGGAUUCUUGAUAUUUGUUACUUGAUAGUUCUUUUUCUGGAGUUGUAGAUUGUGCCAAAAGUUGGUUUCUUUUGGAGUUUUAGUUAUUGUUUAAAGGGUUUAUGGGUAGCUGACAGUUAUUUAUGCAGUUGAAUUUUGCAUUGGAAAUUUGGAAUUGUAUUCAGUUGCUGUUCUAUUGAAUUGGGUUGUUGUGACUUUGGGGUUCCAUGGUUAUGGGGGAAAGAUUAAUUUUUGCAAAGACUGGUCUCUGGGGUUUGUAGUUUGCAACUGAAGAAGGAAGGUUCUCGGUUGAGUUUUCGUUGAUUGAUUAUGGGUGGCGUCUGUGGAAAACCUUCCUCGCCCGUGCAAAAUAGGCGGGAUAGACAUAAGAAGAGAGAACUGACAAAAGGGACAACUGUGGCAUCACGCCCACUCCGAGCUGUUUCUUCAAAGAGAGAGGAAAGUUUCAGGGUGAAAGACAUGUUGGAAAAUGGUGAUGUGAAGCUUGGUUUGAUAGAUAAGAAGUCUAAUGGAUCAAGGAAGGUCAGGGAUGAUCAUUAUGAACAGAUUAAGGAAAAGCUUGGACUCAUUGUGAAUGGUUGUCCUGGAAACGGAGUCGUCCCAAAAGCCUUGGAAGGGGAACUAAUUGCUGCUGGAUGGCCUUCUUGGCUUGCUGCAGUGGCUGGUGAAGCUAUUAAUGGAUGGCUUCCUCGCAAGGGUGAUACAUUCGAGAAAUUAGACAAGAUUGGCCAAGGGACUUACAGUAGUGUAUUCAAGGCUCGUGACCUAACCAACAAUAAAAUUGUUGCACUCAAAAGAGUGAGGUUUGAUAAUAUGGAUCCUGAAAGUGUCAAAUUUAUGGCAAGGGAGAUAGUCAUUUUGCGUAGGCUUGAUCAUCCGAAUAUUAUCAAAUUGCAAGGUUUGGUUUCAUCAAGAUCAUCUUGCAGUUUGUACCUUGUUUUUGAGUACAUGGAACAUGAUCUCACUGGACUGGCAUCUGUUCCUGAUAUCAAAUUUACAGAACCGCAGAUGAAAUGCUAUAUGCAGCAACUUCUUAGUGGACUUGAUCAUUGUCAUAGUCGGGGUGUGUUACAUCGGGACAUUAAAGGUUCAAAUCUUCUAAUCGACAAUAAUGGGAUCUUGAAGAUUGCAGAUUUUGGCUUAGCAACCUUUUUUGUUCAGCACCAAAGUGUUCCAUUGACAAGCCGCGUUGUGACUCUUUGGUAUCGACCACCCGAGCUCUUACUUGGAGCAAGUCACUAUGGAGUCGCUGUAGAUUUGUGGAGUACUGGUUGCAUACUUGGAGAAUUAUAUGCUGGCAAGCCCAUUAUGCCUGGAAGGACAGAGGUGGAGCAGCUGCAUAAGAUUUUUAAGCUUUGUGGUUCACCAUCUGAUAAUUAUUGGAAAAAAGAAAAAUUACAUCAUUCAACAGCAUUUAAACCAUUACAUCCUUACAGACGGCGUAUUGGGGAAGCAUUUAAGGAUUUUCCUCCAUCUGCUGUGAGGUUGAUGGACACAUUACUUUCUAUAGAUCCUGAACUUAGGGGAACAGCUGUUGGUGCUCUUGCGAGUGAGUUCUUCACCACAAAGCCAUUGCCUUGUGACCCUUCAAGUUUGCCAAAGUAUCCUCCCAGCAAGGAAAUUGAUGCAAAGCUGCGGGAAGAAGAAGGUCGAAGGCAAGGAGCUGCAGGUGUGAAGAGCCAAUUAGGUGAUGGGCAUACGAGAGGAUCAAAAGAACCUCGAGCUGUUCCAGCACCUGAUGCUAAUGCCGAGUUGGCAAGGUCAAUGCAGAGGAGGCAGAGCAGUUCAAAUCCUAAGAGCCGAUCUGAGCAAUUCUACCCCUAUAAAGAAGGUGCUUCCGGUUUUCCAAUUGAUCAACAUAGACCAUCACAAUUACACAAAGAAAAAGACGGAGAUCACUUGGAAAAUCAUUCAGAGAGAUAUUCUUAUUCCGGACCUCUAGCUCCAGGAUUUGGGUGGGCAAAAUCUGGGAAGAAAUAUGAUCAUGACAUUUCCGUUGGUUCCAACAGAGCCGACUUAUCAAAGUUUUCAACUUUAGUAGCAUCUAGGUCAGUUGUGGCUGGUGAUGCUCGAGAUCGAUUUGUUGCUUCACAGCUGGAAUCUGGCGGUCAAGUAGAAAGGCCAGUACGCUUGCUUGAUGAACACCCGAGGAAGCAGGAUUGGAAGCGUCAGAUGCAAAACCGUGCCGGUUCUCGUCAAUUUGACAGUGGAAGGGCUAGCAUUAAAGAAUCAAAUCUGCAUGGUCAUUCCCAUGGUCACAAGGGAAACACAAUUCAUUUCUCUGGUCCACUACUUGUUCAACCAAAUAAAGUGGAUCAAAUGCUUAAAGAGCACGAUCGUCGUAUCCAGGAAGCUGCACGACGAGCAAGGCUCGAGAAGGCAAGAGCAGGCAAAGGCCAAGCUCAAGGAAUGCAGAGAACCGCCAAUUCUAUUUACGUCACUAGUCUGGGAUCGCACUAGUCUGGGAAUUAUAUAUACUUCUAUGUACAGUUCUUGAAGUAAUUGUUAUUUAUAGGAAAUUCAGUUGAUUAAGAAGAAUAUAGCCAAAUAAUUGUGGUCUGUUACUGGAGUAGGUGAAAAUUAUUUAUGCACACAAGUUUUCUUUUUUA